AGCCAGGAUGCAGCGAGGCCUCCUCACGCACCUCAGCAGCUUUGUGCUCGGGCUGGUUUUGGCACGAGUUUCUGCGGAUUUGCCCAUGUGCAAAGAGUCCGAUUAUCACUUUGAGUACACAGAGUGUGACGUACUCGGGUCGAGAUGGAGAGUGGCGGUUCCCAACAAAGCCGACACAUGCACGGGCCUCCCAGAUCCAGUCAAAGGCACUCAGUGCACCUUCUCCUGUAGCCAGGGGGAGUUUCUUGACAUGCAGUCGCAGCAGUGCCAGAAGUGCGCUGCGGGCACCUACUCACUGGGCACCGGCGUGGCCUUUGACGAGUGGGACAGCCUGCCGACAGGUUUUGUCACUCACGGGAUGACAACGAAUGUGGGGAAUGCCCACACAAACUGCUCCAACUCAACCUGGACACCAAAGGGCGACUACGUGGCCUCGAACACAGACGAGUGCACCUCGAUGCUGUCCUACGCUGUGAGCCUGAAGAAACCUGGAACUCUGUCCUUUGAGUAUUUCUACCCUGACAACAGCAUCUACUUUGAGUUCUUUAUUCAGAAUGAUCAGUGUCAAUCUACAGACUCUGAGAGCAGGUGGAUGAAGAUCUCGGAGAGCAACUGGAGCCAGUACAAGAUGGAGCUGAACAACGGCAACAACGUGCUGUACUGGCGAACCACGACAUACACUCUGCAGGGUAACGCGGUCAAACCCGUGCUGUUAAGAAACAUUCACAUCUCAGGGGUGGCCUACACGUCAGAGUGUUUCCACUGUAAACCCGGCACCCACAGUGCAAAGCAAGGCUCUGCCCGCUGCUCUCCCUGCCCCGCUGAUACCUUCUCCAACAAGGGCGCCACUGUUUGCCAUGAGUGUGAAAAAGACAAAUAUGCAGAGGCUGGCUCAGGAAGCUGCAAACCAAGACCGGCAUGUACAAACAGUGACUACUUCUACACCCACACUCCCUGUGACUCUGAGGGGAAGACUCAACUCAUGUACAAGUGGAUUGAGCCCAAGAUCUGCAGUGAGACGGUUGAAGGAGCAGUGAAGCUUCCUGCAUCAGGGGAGAAACAAACCUGUCCGCCAUGUAACCCGGGUUUCUUUGUCACCAACUCUUCCACCUGUGAGCCCUGCACCAACGGCUCCUUCUCAAACGGAACAGUUUGUACCACGUGUCCUGUUGGCUCGGAGCCGGUGAUGGGAUUCGAGUACAAGUGGUGGAACACGAUGCCGACCAACAUGAAGAGCUCCGUCUUCCGUCAAGAGUUCAGCAACUCCGACCAUAACACAGCCUGGGAAGUGGCUGGAGAAUAUGUCUACACAACCCCCGGAAAUCAGGAGACAGACUUCCUGAUGCUCACGCUCAGUGUCCCUGGAUACAGGCUGCCUCAGUCAGUGGCCAAAGACAGUGAGAGGAGUGAACUGUCUCGCAUCACCUUCGUCUUUGAGACCAGGUGUACAGCUGACUGCAGGUUUUACUUCUUGGCGGGUUAUAAUCGGUGGAACAACGAUGUGGUGGAGCACUGGACAGGCAGCAACAGAAAACAGUCGUACUCCUACGUGAUCCAGAGCAACAGCACCGUCGGCUUCACCUGGACAUUUCAGCGAACGGAGGAGUUGAACGUGGAGAAGAAGCUCAGUGCUGAUGUUGCAAAGAUCUACUCCAUCUCCAUCACCAAUGUGAUCGGAGGUGUGGCCUCGCAGUGUCGCCACUGUGCUCUGACGUCCGUUCAGGCCGGUUCUGCCUGCGUUCCCUGUCCGCCGGGUCACUACAUGGUCAACGGGACGGGAGUGUGUAAGAGCUGCCCGCCAAACACCUUCAUCAGGGCCGAACAGCCUGUCGGAGAGGCUGCUUGUAUUCAGUGUGGACCGAACACAAAGACUAACAAGGCCCACACAGCUUGUCUCAGUGACUGUAAGCUGGCUGUGCAGACGAGAGGAGGAGCUCUGCAGCGCUACGACUUCUCUCCUCUGGCCAACGUCACGGGCUUCUACAGCAGCCCCCGGUUCACCAUCAAAGGCCUGAGAUACUUCCACCGCUUCAGCGUGGGUCUGUGUGGGACAGAGAGCAGAAUACCAGCUUCCUGCGUGGACAACGUCACCCAGAGUGGGCGGGAGGUCAGAGGUUACGUCUGUCAGUCCACUGUGGUUCCCUCCGACAUCAGGAGUCAGAGCGUCGUGUCCUCCCAGCCUUUCCUCAUCGGUGACUCACUCAUCGGUGUGACCAAUGAGGCGACCCUGCAUUCCAUCUCUUCUCCAGAGGGGUUGUUCUCCACAGCAUCCGGCCUGCCAGACGUCAUAUUCUAUUACAAGUCCAGUGAAACAACUCAGGCUUGUAAAAAAGGCAGGUCAGCCACCAUCAGACUGAGAUGCAACCCCUCAGUGACUGCUAACGAUCACAUCACGCUGCCAAGUAACUGUUCAGAGGGGACGUGUGAUGGUUGUACUUUCCACUUUCUGUGGCAGAGCCAGCAUGCGUGUCCACUCUGCACCAAACACCACUACAGAGAGAUCGUCAGCGCUUGUAUCCAGGGAAUACAGAGAACCACUUAUGUGUGGCAGCAGCCUUUGCAGUGUUACGGAGGAGAGUCGCUGCCAGCACAAAAAGUCAGCGCUUGUGUGACUCUGGAUUUCUGGCUCAAGUUUGGUGUUUCCACAGGAGCGAUCGCUGCUGUGCUUCUCAUCAGUAUCAGCUGUUAUUUUUGGAAAAAGACGCGCAAGCUGCAGUACAAGUACUCCAAACUGAUGAUGAGCUCAGGGGGUAAAGAGUGUGAGCUGCCUGCCGUGGACAGCUGUGCAAUAAUGGAGGGAGAGGAUGCGGAGGAUGAUCUCAUGGACCUCACCAAGAAAUCCUUCUUCACCAAAAUUAAGUCUUUCUCACGAGAGAGGACAUCAGAUGGAUUUGACUCAGUCCCACUUAAAUCAUCAUCUUCACGCCAGCUACGAGAGGAGGAAGACUCUGAUGAGGCUUAAAUCAGAGGAUGAGUAGAUCCUUCUGUCAAAGCAAAGAGGAAGUGUUCAGUUUUUAAUAUCAAUGCAGCUCUGACGGAAACAGAAAACAGAAGAGGCUGCUGAGUGUAUUUCAUUUAUUACUAAAGAUACUAGGUUUACUGAGGCAGGUUUUAGGAUCAUAUAAAGAGUGGGAAUUUUAAUUUAAAAAGUAUUUGCCGUAUGUUAGGUUGCCAGACCUAUUAUUAAGAUAUGAUAUUAGUCUCCAUAUUGGGGAUACACUGUAUUUUCAGAGCCCAAGAUGUUUUUCAAAAUGAUCUAAGAUACAAACUGUGGAUAAAGUUAAACCUUUUCUGGAUGUGUGAAGCUUUUUUUUUUUGUACAUUUAGCAUAAAUGUGAGUUUAAAUAUCUUAUCCUUUUCUGCUUGUUGUUAUCAGGAUUCCCUGUGUUUUUUUGUUUAUUCGGGCAGCCAUUCAGUUCAGUCUUAUAAUGCUAUUUUACAGUAUGUGACUUCUAUCACCAAAGCUGUAUGCUUUUUUAUCAUUAUGCUCUGCUUCUUUGUGAAGAUAUUUUCUAAAGAAAAAAAAGCAAACAAAAUGUACAACUCUAGUAAUUAAGGCUGGCCUCUAAUGCUGCCUUCUGGAACUCUUUGUAAGAUCAUGUUGCGGAACAUGAAAAUAAUAAAGAAAUAACAAAUGAAAA